AUGUUGAAUACAUUCCUGAUUAUUUUACUGUUUCAACAAGCUCCUUCAUUCAAUGCUCUACCAGAGGUCAUAAAAAUUGGAGGACUGUUCCAUCCAUCAGAUGAUAAACAAGAGCUGGCAUUCAAAUAUGCUGUAGAAAGGAUUAAUGCAGACAGAAUGAUGUUGCCGAGGUCCAGACUUUCUGCACAGAUAGAGAAGAUAUCUCCUUUAGACAGCUUUCAUGCUUCGAAACGGGUAUGUCACUUGUUAAGAAGUGGAGUUGCUGCAAUAUUCGGUCCACAGUCUCCCCAGACAGCAAGCCAUGUUCAGUCCAUCUGCGACACGAUGGAAAUACCUCAUCUUGAGACACGAUGGGAUUACCGUCUGAGAAGGGAAAGCUGCUUGGUUAACCUCUAUCCCCAUCCAACUGUACUAUCCAAGGCAUAUGUGCAAAUGGUAGCUUCAUUUGGCUGGAGAUCUUUUACCAUCAUCUAUGAGAGUAAUGAAGGCUUGGUUAGGCUGCAAGAGCUGCUGAAGGCUCAUGGCCCGUCAGAUUUUCCCAUUGCAGUCCGACAGCUACCAGAAGGGAAUGAUUAUAGACCUCUCUUAAAGCAAAUUAAGAAUUCUGCAGAGUCUCAUAUUGUCCUCGAUUGCUCAACUGACAAAGUAUACAAUGUUUUGAAACAAGCCCAACAAAUAGGAAUGAUGAGUGACUAUCAUAGCUAUUUAAUAACUUCACUAGAUUUGCAUAGUGUUGAUUUAGAAGAAUUUAAAUAUGGAGGAACAAAUAUAACAGCAUUGCGACUUGUUGAUCCACAGAAUCCAGAAGUGCAAAAAGUAGUCAAAGAGUGGACAAAUUUGGAACCAAGACAGGGAAAGAAAGUCGAGAUACAAUCACCUGAACUUAUACCAGCUGAAACUGCACUAAUGUACGAUGCAGUUCACCUAUUUGCUAAAGCACUCCAUGACCUGGAUAGCAGCCAGAGGAUAGAUAUCAAACCACUGAGCUGUGAUGCUGCAGAUACUUGGCUACAUGGUUACAGUCUCAUAAACUAUAUGAAAAUCGUUGAAAUGAAAGGGCUAACUGGUGUUAUAAAAUUUGAUAAUCAAGGAUUUCGAUCUAAUUUUGAACUCGACAUUAUAGAACUUACAAAAAAUGGCCUCCAAAAAAUUGGUUCUUGGAAUUCAACAGAAGGAAUAAAUUUUACUCGGACUUACCAUGAAAUGAUCCAUCAAAUAGUUGAAAAUUUAACUAACAAAACUAUGAUUGUUACUACAAUAUUGAGUGCACCAUACUGUAUGAGAAAAGACUCUAGUGAUAAGUUGAUAGGAAAUGCCCAAUAUGAAGGCUACAGUAUUGAUCUUAUAUAUGAAAUUUCAAGAAUCCUCCAUUUCAAUUAUCAGAUAGUUCUUGUGCCGGACGGUAGGUAUGGCUCAUUUAACAAGGAGACAAGAGAAUGGGAUGGAAUGAUUCGGGAGCUACUUGAUCAGAGAGCUGACAUAGCUAUUGCUGAUCUGACUAUAACCUAUGAAAGAGAACAAGCAGUGGAUUUUACAAUGCCUUUUAUGAGUUUAGGUAUCAGUAUCCUUUAUAGAAAGCCGAUCAAGCAGCCUCCAAAUUUGUUUUCAUUUCUAUCACCCUUGUCUUUGGAUGUCUGGAUCUACAUGGCUACUGCUUACUUGGGUGUUUCUGUUCUACUGUUCAUCCUUGCUAGAUUCACACCAUACGAGUGGCAGAACCCUCAUCCAUGCAACCCUAAUCCAGAUCACUUGGAAAACCAGUUCACGCUGCUCAACUGUAUGUGGUUUGCCAUUGGAUCUCUAAUGCAGCAAGGAUGUGACUUUUUACCAAAGGCUGUGUCUACGAGAAUGGUUGCUGGUAUGUGGUGGUUUUUUACCCUAAUCAUGAUAUCUUCAUACACCGCUAAUCUAGCAGCGUUCCUCACUGUUGAAAGAAUGGACUCUCCAAUUGAAAGUGCUGAAGAUUUGGCCAAGCAAACCAAAAUAAAAUAUGGUGCUCUCCAGGGUGGUUCAACUGUCGCUUUUUUUAGGGACUCUAACUUCUCUACUUAUCAAAGAAUGUGGUCAUUUAUGGAGUCUGCUAGACCAAGUGUGUUCACUGAUUCAAAUUCAGAUGGUGUCGAAAGAGUGAUAAAAGGAAAAGGAAAUUAUGCUUUCUUGAUGGAGUCUACUAGCAUUGAAUAUGUAAUAGAAAGAAACUGUGAUCUAACACAAAUUGGAGGCUUACUUGAUUCAAAGGGCUAUGGAAUUGCAAUGCCACCAAAUUCUCCAUACCGAACUGCUAUAAGUAGUGCUGUUCUCAAACUACAAGAAGAAGGAAAGCUCCAUAUUCUAAAAACAAAAUGGUGGAAAGAAAAACGUGGUGGUGGAGCUUGCAGGGAUGAUGCAUUGAAAAGCAGUAGUGCAGCAAAUGAACUUGGCCUGGCGAACGUCGGAGGAGUGUUUGUGGUGCUGAUGGGUGGUAUGGGAGUGGCUUGCGUUAUUGCUGUCUGCGAGUUCGUGUGGAAGUCGCGCAAGGUAGCAGUUGAGGAGAGGGCUUCAUUUUGUACUGGAAUGGCCUCAGAAAUAAGAAAUGCUAUCCACUGUAAGAAUAAUGACCCAACCAAAGAGGCACUAGAGAGUAAAACUCCUGAAAAAAAAGACGUUCCUGUGUUUCUUCCCCAGGGAACUUAUUCACAAUAUGGUUUCCUGUCUAAUGGCCCUUUAUAA